UAUUGAAGAAGGGUGAGCCUGCAUAAAUUGGUGUGCGAUCAAUUUUUAAAGCCUGUGCUGCAGAAGGCCAAUAUUUAGCUUGGUCCUUAUAUUGUACCCAUGUUAACUAUUCUUAAACUUUGAAUUUAUUGCGAGGACUAGAGUUUCAAGUUUGUAGAUUCCAAUGUAAGCAACUUGUAUUCAAUGAAUAGCGGUCUGCAGUGCUCCAGUGAAUCAAGUGCUUCUCUUACAAUUACAGAAGACUAUCAUUACUAGUUGUUUUAAAAUAAAUGUCUUCCAGGCAAUAUGGAUCAAGAUACAGCUACACUUUUAACAAGAUGGGGAUUGUUCGCAUACGUAGAGACAUUUGCAAAUGCUGGAAUAGACAUAGGACUCUUGAGGCUCAUUCAACAGCAAGAAAUACAAGAACUAAUACCAUGUACGGGAGACCGAAUAAAAUUCAAAAGUAAUCUGGCAAUAUGGAAGAAGGAGAUUGAUGGAGCUACUUCAGCUUAUCCAACGCAAGAGAAUCCAGUGAAUGUGGGAAGCUUGUCAGAUGUAGUAGAUGAGUCAAUAUUAUUGAAUUUAGAUGAUUUUAUGAAUCAUACCAACAAUGCUACUGCCAAAAAAACAACUUCAUUACCGGUACAAAAUGAGAACCCCUUCACCACACAGUUGAGAGAUUUGUUGCGACACUGCCCUGAUGGACGAGCUAUACUUGCGUACUCAGAAAACAAUAAUGGAAAACUUGACAGACGUUGUCGCAAACAAAUCUGUAACAUAAUAAUCAAUCAUGAGAUGAAAGAAGAUAACGAAGUGGGAAUAUCAACACAUAAAUUCAUUGCAUGGGCUCAAGCAAUUGCAAGCUUGUUCCCAACCGAGUCUCAAGCU